AUGCAUCAACCCACCGAAGCCGACUAUUCUUCUCCGGAGAGCGCCGGAGACAGCGCAGAUUACGCCGAGCCCCACCUUCUAACGUCGACGGAUCUCCCGGCACCGCCGAGUACUAGCUGCGGCUCCACGGCAAAUCAGCUCCUCCCUCCUGGGUUCUCAACGCUGCGAGCCCCUCCUCCCGUCUACCCUACGGGGCCCUCUCUCCUGCCGCCACUUGGUUUCUACAGCAGCUGUGCUUCCACCUACGGAGCGGCAGGGUUCCCCGGCUCGACAUCAACCUACGCUCACACGUCUUGGGCUACUAACUACAAUUCUCCUUGCUCGCAUCUCAACGGAGUGCCACAGUCGUUCAGUGCUCCCUACUCGACUUAUCCCCCGCUCUUCGCAGGUAGCUAUGGAGCUCUCCCCCCUCCCUUACACCAUCCAGAACCGGUCGCCGCAGACUCAACAGUCACGACGUCAGGUUUCACAGGACGAAAGAGGCCACGAGAAGACGACAUUAUUCCCGCCAAGAACUUCCGACCGACAGUGUCCCUGGAGCUACCGACGCCUCCAGACAGCUCCAGUGAUCGCAGUGGGACCAUUUCUCCGCAGAAUUACUUCCAGCAGCCCGAUAUUCUCCCUCUCCAAUCGUCCGUGCCUGCGUCCAUCGGGCUCUCUCCCCCGCUUUCGUUCCCGGCUCCCCCGAUGCCGCAGAACGGCAUACACGUUUCUCUGACUGCCAAGACCGAGGAGCUGUGGAACCUCUUCUACUCGGCCAACACUGAGAUGAUUGUAACCAAGAACGGCAGGUGCAUUUUCCCACUGCUAAUGUUCAACAUCAGUGGUCUCACAAGAAAGAAGGAGUACAACAUAUCCGUCAGAGCAGUGAGCAGCGAUCGCUACCGCUACAAGUACCUCCACAACACCUGGACCCAAGUGUCGGAGUCAGAAUUCACUCACGACCCAAGGAAGAUGGUCGCCAUGCACCCCAACUCCCCACAGACCGGGGCCAAGUGGAUGGCAAAAGACGUGGACUACAAAUCUGUCAAAAUCACCCACUACCCCAAGAGCAAAGGAGGAGAUAUUCUCCUGAAUACGAUGCACAAGUAUUACUUUGAGUUGCUGAUCGAGGAGCUUUCUGCGCCAGAUUCCGAACCGCUGGUGUUUCCGUUCAACCUCACCAGCUUCGUUGCCGUGACGGCCUACCAGAGUGCAAAGCUGACGGAACUAAAGAAAGAGAAGAACCCGUUUGCUAGAGGAGUCAAGCACCACGAGUCUGAGACUGACGCUCAUCCUCAAGCUCCUCCCAGACCAAUCUACGAAUCUGGUUUUCCAGGCUACUACAAUCCAGGAUCUAUACUCUACCCGACAAGUACAGCGGUACCAGUCCCAUACCCUACCCCCUGGAGCCAGAAUGGACAGAGAUAG